AUGGCGGGGCUGCGCGUGCUGGUGGGGGUGAAGCGGGUCAUCGAUUACGCCGUCAAGUGCGGGUGGCGGCGGGCGGCGGGGGGGGUGCAGACGCAGGGGGUGAAGCACUCGCUGAACCCCUUCUGCGAGAUCGCCCUGGAAGAAGCCGUCCGGCUGCGGGAGCGGGGGGCGGCCGCCGAGGUGGUGGCCGUCAGCGUGGGGACGCGCGCCUGCCAGGAGACGCUGCGCACGGCGCUGGCGGUGGGUGCCGACCGGGGGGUGCUGGCGGAGGUGGGGGAGGGGGCGGCGGUGGGCCCGCGGGAGGCGGCGGCGGCGCUGGCCGGGCUGGCGGGGCGCCUGCGCCCCCACCUCGUGCUGCUGGGCAAGCAGGCCAUCGACGACGACUGUAACCAGACCGGGCAGAUCCUGGCCGCCAUGUUGGAUUGGCCCCAGGGGACCUUCGCCUCGCGGGUGGAGCUGGAGGGGGAGUGGGUGCGGGUGCAGCGGGAGGUGGACGGGGGGCUGGAGACGCUGCGCCUGCGCCUGCCCGCCGUCCUCACCGCCGACCUGCGCCUCAACGAGCCCCGCUACGCCACCCUGCCCAACAUCAUGAAAGCCAAGAAGAAGCCCCUGGAAGUGAUGGCGGCAUCGGAAUUGGGGGGGGGGUCCCCGCCGUCCCCCCCCCCGCCUGCGGGUGCUGAAACUGGAAGAGCCCCCCCCUCGUGGGGGGGGGGCAGCGGGUGGAGGACGUCCCCCGCGCUGCUGGAGCGACUGCGCAGCAGCGGGCGCAUCUGAGGGGGGGGGGGACA